GAUAUGAGCCCAGAAUCACACCCCACCAGGACCACAUUUGGACUAGCCGACUAUGGGGUGUUUGCAGUAAUGCUCCUAGUCUCCAUGGCGAUUGGACUGUUCCAAGGCCUGCGAAGGGCGGGAGGGAAAGAAGAGCGAGCGGAGGAUUUUUUCACAGGGGGUCGUCAGAUGACCGCCUUGCCCGUCGGCCUCUCUCUCUCUGCCAGCUUCAUGUCGGCCGUUCAGGUACUGGGGGUCCCUGCUGAGGCUUAUCGCUAUGGGCUGAAGUUCCUGUACAUGUGUCUUGGGCAGAGCCUCAACACAUUGAUCACAGCAUACCUCUUCCUGCCUGUCUUCUAUCGGCUAGGCAUCACCAGCACCAACCAGUAUCUGAAGAUGAGAUUUAGCAGGAGCUUGCAGCUGCUUGCAACUAUCCAGUUUAUCACAGCCACGCUGCUGUACACAGGAAUUGUGAUCUACGCACCCGCCCUGAUCCUGAACCAAGUGACUGGACUGGAUAUCUGGGCUUCUCUGUUUUCAACAGGUCUCAUCUGUACCUUCUACACCACACUGGGUGGGAUGAAGGCAGUAAUCUGGACAGACGUUUUCCAGGUGGUCGUCAUGCUCACGGGCUUCCUGGCUAUUGUUAUCCGGGGGACCAUUUUGGUGGGUGGACCGGCCACAGUGCUGGAGAUCGCCAGCAACGGGUCCCGCAUCAACCUCGGAGAUUUUAGCUUUGACCUUCAGAGGCGCUAUACGUUCUGGACGUUUGUGUUCGGAGGCACGAUGGUCUGGCUGUCCAUGUACGGAGUAAACCAAUCACAGGUGCAACGUUACAUCGCCUGCAAGACUGAGAAAGAGGCACGGAGGGCUCUGCUUGUGAACCAGGUCGGGCUGUGUCUCAUUGUCAGCAGUGCUGUCACCUGCGGGAUUGUCAUGUUCGCUCUCUACAGGAAGUGUGAUCCUCUGAAGGCGGGGCUAAUCUCCGCUGCUGACCAGUACAUGCCCUUUCUGGUGCUGGAUAUCUUCGCAGACUACCCUGGUGUUCCUGGUCUUUUCCUAUCUUGUGCCUACAGUGGGACUCUCAGCACAGCCUCAACCAGCAUCAACGCCAUGGCAGCCGUUACCAUGGAGGAUAUUCUCAAACCCCGCCUCCACAACGUGUCACAGAAGAGGCUUGUGCUCAUCUCCAAAGGGCUGUCCCUGUUCUAUGGCAUAGCCUGCAUCACAGUCGCUGCACUUACUUCCCUGGUGGGCGGGGGGGUGCUGCAGGGUUCGUUCACAGUGAUGGGGAUAAUCGGAGGACCCCUGCUUGGUGCAUUCAUCCUGGGCAUGUUCAUCCCGGCCUCCAACACCCUUGGUGUGUUCGCCGCUAUAGUGGUCGGAUUCGGUAUUUCACUCUGGAUUGGGAUCGGGUCGAGUCUGUACCCUCCUGACCCACAGGUGAUGGGGGUUCUGCCCAGCUCAGCUGACCACUGCCCCCUGCUGGUGACGGGCAACACCACACUCAACGGCAGCCUGGUUGUGGAGACCUCACUGGCAGGAGAGAGGCCCUCCAUUGCGGAUAACUUCUACUCCAUGUCAUUCCUGUAUUAUGGAGCGCUAGGGACCACGGCAGCGCUACUGGUGGGAGUGGCUGUCAGCUAUAUCACAGGACCCACCCAGAGGAAAGCAAUCACACUGGGGCUCUUGUGGUGGGAUCUCCAUCUUGUGAAACCUUCACCGCCCCCUCUGGACAGAGGAUUCAGCUCCUCGUCUCCCUCUGAGCCUCAGACCCCUCCCCUCACCCCCUCACUGCCCACACGCUGGCUGAGAGGAACUCAGGACAGACCAGAGACAUCGCCAGAGGCGAAGACACAAAACGGACACACACCGUUGCUUCAGGAGAGCAAAGUCUAGAUUGAACUGGGAGCGUCCACAGAAGACGGGAUGAGGGAGAAGGAAUAAUAGGGAUCACAUGCAAAAGCUAUGCAUCUAUUUACAUCUAACAAGACGUUUGCAUUCACAGUUCCAGCAGUGUUCAGGGUUAAUGCCAAUAAAUGUGCCUUGCAUUAGAAAUUCAAGUAGAAAUAGAUGAGAAACUAAGGGUUUUACAAGAGCUGAACUAUCUGAGCUUGUAAAGGUGGUGGGUACUAAAGCAAGUUUGCAAAGUUUCUUUUCUCUUAGCUAAAUGCUCAAAAUAUUUUCCAAAAUAUAAGUGUUUCCCUUUGAACCAAUGG